GAGAGAGAGAGAGAGAUGCAGAGCGUGAGGGAGAGACGGGAGAGCGGGAGGUAGAGAGAGAGAGAGAUACACGGGGAGAAUGAGAGAGAGAGAGAGAGACACGUGAUACAGACAGAGACAGACAGACAGAGAGAGAAAGGUGCAGAAAGAGAGAUGCAGAGAGAGAGAGAGAGACUGGUUGUUUGGUUUUCAGUCGUAUCUCCUCGAAAACCCCAUGCAGUAACGGAGACAUUUUUUCAUAUUCCAGCAGUGAUUUACCUCAUGAAUUCAAAAAUCUCCUGGUGAGUGUGCUGCCGGCCAUCCACUGUUUUCAAAGUCCUCAGAGCACUGUGGCCUCGCUCUGGUCAUCGCCGCCUGCUGCAGCCUAGCUCGGUCCCGCCGCCUGAUGGGGAGAAUGAUCUGCGUUGGAAUGGUCAGACUCAUCAAGGUGAAAGCAACAGGUGUCCUAAAUGUUCUGAGCCGCAACUUUCAUCAUUGUUCAACUUCUGUCAAGGAGAAGCUAUACUUCACCCUCGUUAGACUUAAUUUGGACUACGCAGUUGCAACAUGGGAUCCAUACACAAAUAAACAAAUUUCUUCCAUUGAACGUGUCCAAAGAUUGAGGGGGGAUCUUAUAGAAACUUACAAAAUUCUUAAGGGGUUGGACAGGCUAGAUGCAGGAAGAUUAUUCCCGAUGUUGGGGAAGUCCAGAACAAGGGGUCACAGUUUAAGGAUAAGAGGGAACACGUAUCGUGUUCAACACGAUAGUCCCCACCAGACUGGCCGGGAAGCUAAUGGAAUUGGGGCUCAACACCUCCCUGUGUGCCUGGGUCCAGGACUUUCUCACCGCCAGGCCCCAGGUAGUCAAGAUGGGAGGGAAUACAUCGAAGUCCCUCAUCCCGAGCACAGGAUCGCCCCAGGGUUACGUCCUCAGCCCCCUAUUGUACUCCCUGUACACACAUGACUGUGUGGCUAGGUUCAGCUCCAACUCAAUAAUUAAGUUUGCUGAUGACACUGGUGGUGGGCCUGAUCUCAGACAACGACGAAAAGGCCUACCGGGAGGAGGUGGCUGGUCUAGCACUCUGGUGCCAGGAUAACAGCCUCCUCUUGAACAUCAAAAAAACGAAGGAGCUGAUCAUGGACUUUAGGAGGGCACAUCAUCCGAGGACGUACACUCCAUUGAGGAUAAAUGGGGAUCCUGUGGAUAGGGUGAACUGUUUUAAAUAUCUGGGAGUCCACAUCUCCGAGGAUAUGACAUGGGCAUCACACGCUUCAGCACUCGUGAGUAAGGUAAGGCAGCGCCUUUACCACCUCAGGCAAUUGAGGAAAUUCAGAGUGUCUCUGAGGAUCCUCCAGUGCUUCUACGCAGCGGCGGUGGAAAGCAUCUUGUCCGGGAACAUUACCAUCUGGUUUGGGAAUUGCUCUGCCAAGGACAAGAAGGCUCUGCAGAGAGUAGUGCGUUCGGCCGAACGCACUAUGGGAACUUCACUUGCCCCCCUGCAGGAACUAUACAUCAGGAGGUGCAACUCCAGAGCCAACAAUAUCAUGAGAGACCCCUUCCACCCCUGCAAUGGACUGUUCCAGCUGCUACGGUCAGGCAAACGCCUCCGUUGCCAUGCGGUGAGAACUGAUAGGUUGAGAAGGAGUUUCUUCCCAGAGGGCAUUCGGACUGUAAACGCCUAUCUCACCAGGGACUAACUCUACUGAACGUUUUUCCUUCCAUUAUUUAUUAUGUAAAAGAAUAUGUGUGUUAUGAUUGUGUUUAUAGUUUGUUUGGUUGUUUGUCUUUUGCACAAAAGUCCGCGAGCAUUGCCACUUUCAUUUCACUGCACAUCUCGUAUGUGUAUGUGACAAAUAAACUUGACUUGACUUGACUUGAAGACAGGCAGCUCAAUUUGUUACUAACGCCUAUGAGAGUGAAGCGAGUGUUACCAAACUACUGAAUUCACUGGGGUGGAACCCUCGCCAAGACAGACGUGAAGCUCACCGUUUGACCUGUUUUUACAAAAUGUUAAAUGGUCAGCUCGACAUAGAUUACAAAACCUACACCAAACCCAAACCAAUUAGGAGCAGAUGAGGUCAUUCGAUCCCAUUUGAGAUUCCAGCUACAAGACAGAUGUAUACAGCAAUUCGUUUUUCCCCCGCACAAUUAAAGCAUGGAAUAAUCUUCACCCUACCAUAGUUACCCAACCAGAUGCUACUAAAUUUAUGGUAGCUCUUUCUUCCCCAAAAAAUCCUUUCUGGCUUAAAUCCUCCCUCCACCACCUCCAGUUUACAUUCCAUUUGGAAUGUUUUGGAGGACCAAAAACCCUCUCUCCCUCUAUCAAAUGCUAAUGUUCUGGAGGUGGAUGUAGUACCCGGAAAGUGACGGGGAGAACAGACAAGACAGCCCCCGGAGUGGGGAUUGAACCGGGGUGGGUGGAUCCAUCAUUGUGGCGAUGUGCAUGCGCCACCGUCACUGCCCGCCCACAUUGCCCGUCCAAAGCAAGCGUUGUCUGCGGAGGGCGCUCAGCAUCGCCAAGGACUGCUCUCACCCCAACCAUGGACUGUUUACCCUCCUACCAUCCGGGAGGCGCUACAGGUCUCUCCGUUGCCGAACCAGCAGGUCGAGGAACAGCUUCUUUCCGGCGGCUGUCACUCUACUCAACAACGUACCUCGGUGACUGCCAAUCACCACCCCCC